CCAACGCCUACAUCGCCUAUGUACUAUGCCUACUACGCCUACGCAACCAUCCAGAAAAGCCAAAGCUCCUUGUUUUUUCUCUUUUGCCCGAAAUCUUAUUUGACCGAUUGAGGCUGCUCUUGUUUGUUGGCUGUUCUCUUGUCUCCACGUCUUUUGUAACUUUCUACUUCUCCACCUCAGGGUAGUCGUACUUGACUUGUACCUCACCCUUUCUUUUCUUUAAUUAAUCAAUCACACACACAUAAUCAUCACACAAGAGGAGAAUCGCGAGCGUGUUUUGCCCACCAUGGCGCUCAUCGAGCUCCUUUUCAAGCGACAAGAGGGUCAACCGGGCUCAAACAGAGACACGCCCGAAUCCAAUUCGGCUUCCAGUCUCGUCUCUACCCUCGUACCUAACAUCAUCAUCGCCGCCAUAUUCGUAUCCCUCUUCUUGAUCUUCCGUCGCAAGUUCAAGCGCGUCUACGCUCCUCGUACCUACGUCAACAGCUUGGGAGACCAGCGCCAAACUCCUGCACCAAGCGAUGGAUUCUUUGGCUGGAUCACCGAUUUCCGUCGCAUUCCUGACGCCUACAUCCUGGACCAUUCCUCCAUCGAUGGCUACCUCUUUGUGCGCUACUUCAAACUCAUGGUCAUUAUCAGCUUGCUCGGCUGUCUGAUCACCUGGCCAAUCCUGUUCCCCAUCAACGCUACUGGUGGUGCUGGCAAUAAGCAACUCGACCUUCUUUCCAUGAGCAAUGUCAGUGAUGCGCAUGUCACCCGCUACUACGCCCAUGCAUUAGUCUCAUGCGUUUUCCUAGGCCUCGUCAUGAUCAUCAUUGCCCGUGAGUCGUUCUACACUGUCAACAUCCGCCAGGCCUACCGACGCUCGCCAUGGGGUGCCAGCCGAAUCUCGUCGAGGACCAUCCUCUUCACCAGCGUGCCCAAGACCAUCGGCCAGAACACUCUUUUUGAGAUGUUCCCCGGUGUUAAGCACGCAUGGGUCGCAUCCAACUGCAAGGAAUUGGAGAAACUGGUCGAGGACAGGGACGACACUGCCCUGAAGCUCGAAAACGCCGAAGUCCAGCUCUCGCGUGAUGCCAACCAGAACCGCCUCAAGGCUGCCAAGGGCAAGAAGGCCUACCAGGGCGAGGAGACGGAAGGCGGAGCUAGGUGGUUGAACCCCAAGGACCGCCCCACGCACAAGUUGAAGUUUCUCAUCGGAAAGAAGGUUGAUACCAUUGAGUAUGGCCGACAGCACCUCGCGGAACUGAUUCCUAAGAUCGAGGCGGAGCAGGACAAGCACUGGAACGGCCAGGGCGAUCUGGUCGGCGGUGUCUUCUUGACCUUCGACACCCAGAAGCACGCUCAGGAUGCAUGGCAAUUGAUGCAACACAGGAAGACCAAGCCCAACUCGAAGAUGCAGGCCCGCCAGCUCGGUGUGAUGCCUUCGGAGGUCGUCUGGGGAAAUCUUCGCAUUGGUGUUCCAGAGCACUGGGCCAGAUGGCUAGCUGCCACCGCCUUCGUCACUGUCACCAUCAUCUUCUUCGCCAUCCCAGUCGCCUUUGUCGGUGCCGUGUCCCAGAUCAACUACCUGACAGCGCGAUUCCCAUGGCUUCGCUGGAUCAACGAAAUCCCCAGCUGGAUUCUCGGUGUCGUCACUGGUCUUCUUCCCGUAGUGAUGCUCGCCGUCUUGAUGGCUCUUGUUCCGAUAGUAUUCAGAAUUCUUGCCAAGCUCGCUGGCUGGGUCACUCGCUCCCAGAUCGAAUUGCAGACGCAAUCGUGGUACUUUGCCUUCCAGGUCAUCCAGGUCUUCCUCGUCACGACCUGCGCCGGAGCCGUGACGACCGUCAUUGACAGCGUGCUCGCCAACCCAGGGUCCGUCAUCAAAUUGCUUUCCGAGAACCUGCCCAAGGCAUCCAACUUCUACAUCAACUACUUCAUCCUGUUCGGUCUGUCGGCGUUCGGCGGGACGCUCCUCAACAUCGGCGGCUUCGUCACCGUCGUCCUCCUCGGCCGCAUCCUGCCCGGCAAGACGCCCCGCAAGGUGUUCCAGAAGCUCACCAAGUUCGCGGGCCCGGCCUGGGGCUCGGAGUUCCCCAAGUGGCUCAACUUGGGCGUCAUCGCGCUCAGCUACUCGUGCAUCGCACCGCUAGUGCUCGGCUUCGCCGCAGUCGGCCUCUCCCUCAUCUACCUCGCCUUCCGCUACAACUUCCUCUUCACCUACGAGACGGACAUCGACACUAGGGGUGCGUCCUACCAGCGGGGUCUCCAGCAGCUCACGACGGGCGUGUACCUCGCCCAGGGCUGCCUGAUCGGCCUAUUCGCCAUCGCAGUGGCCUCCAGCCGCGCCGCCAUCGGGCCCCUCGUCAUCGAGGUCGUCCUUCUCGCCUGCACCAUCCUCUUCCACCUCACCCUCCGCCAGUCCCUCAAGCACCACGAAGCCCGCCUCGCCUACGCCGACCCCUCCACCUCGCACGACAUCCCACCCACCACUAACCUCGAAAACGGCCUCCCACAAGACGACCCCUCCGCUGAAAAGCGCGGCGUGCAACCCACGACCCCCUCCAACGUCCCCAUCCCCAAACCCUCCCGCCUCCCCCUCUUCAUCCAAAACAUCAUCAACCCGGCCCAGAACUCCGUCUCCAACCUCUCCGCCCACCUCGACCCCUUCUACCACUCCGCGCAGACGCCGCUGGACCCCGAGCUCGCCCGCCGCGCCUACUUCAAUCCCGCCAUCACGUCCCCGACGCCCGUCGUCUGGAUCGUGCGCGACGAGAUGGGCAUUUCGGCCCGCGAGAUCGCCGACACCAAGAAGGUGGUGCCGAGCCUCGUGAUCACGGACGAACAGGCGACGUUCAACGAGAAGAACAAGGUUGAGUGGAGUGGGGUGGAGACGGGCAAGGCGAGGGAGGCCCCUGUUUAUGAGGACAAUGUGCUGUAUUAGUCCUGUGCUUCGGACUUCCUUCCCUUCGCUCGACAUGAUCACUUCAGUCGAUCAAUUCAAAUGUGGCGAGGCGAAGCGAAGCGUGCCUUCCCAGUCGUUCCUCCUUUUACUAAACCAAACCAAACCGAUCGCCCAUUUUUGAUACCAAACAAAUUUAUAUACCUCCUCCCCCGUCACCAGACCCCUUGACGUAGUUACCCUUACUUAAUUACCAAAAAAAACCGAACUUGAGAUGCUUACACGGUACACGGUUUUUACCUUGCAACACAAAUAAUACAUACCUUAAUUAAUCAAUCAAUCGAAUCAAAUG